AUGGGUGACGCUUCAAGUCCCACAAUUGAGAUCCCCGUGAUUGAUAUAUCAGGCUACUUGGACCCGUCGCGCCGCAGCGCUACUCAGACCCAAGAAAUCGUACGAUCUCUGCGCUCAGCAUGCCAAUCCCCGGGCUUCUUCCAAAUCACAGGACACAAUAUCCCAGUCGCACUGCGACAAUCGUUGCUAGAAGAGAUUGGGCAAUUCUUCAAUCUGCCACCGGAGCGCAAGCAGGCCCUCCAUCGCGGUAAGUCCCACUGCCUGCGCGGGUGGGAGAGCGUUGGUGAGCAAAGUCUCGAAGCUGGCUUUGCGGACCAGAAGGAGGGAUUUAUGGUUGGCUUGGAGAUGCCGGGUGCGACGAGGUUCCUGCAGGGACCAAACCAAUGGCCUGAACCGGAAGAUGGGGUAUCCAAGUUUCGCGGCACUUUUAUGCAGUAUUUCGAGCAGGUGAGGUUGUUGAGUCGUGAUGUGUUCAGACUUAUGGCGCUUAGUUUGGAGCUGGAGGAGACGUAUUUCGAUUCGUUUGACGAUUCGGGUGGACUCGAAGUAUUCCACAAGCCCAGCGGCACAUGGCACGCUGUGAGGCCCAUCCAGGACGCUUUUGUCGUCAACAUAGGCGAUAUGAUGGAACGAUGGACAAAUGAAAAAUACACGUCCACAUUGCACCGCGUAAUCACGCCGGUGUCAAAUCGCUAUCGCUACUCGGUGGCAUUUUUCAACGAAGGACUUCUAGAUCAAGUGAUUGAAUGUAUUCCUUCAUGCCUGAAUUUCGGUGAGAAAGCGAAAUUCGAACCCAUUCGAGCGGAGGAUCAUCUGAAGCAGAGGUAUGGUAGUAGCUACUAA